AUGGCGGACAUACAGCAAUGGCGCCGCAAGAUACAGCCCGCCAGCCGAGUACGCACUCCAGCCCUGGAGGAUACAGAAGAUACACUGCCCCCGGCAACUCCAAAGCAACGCGGUUUGAAGUCGAAAGUCUCGUCCUACUUCGAUCUCGGAUUGCCCAAGUCCACCGUCGGCCAGGAAGAGACUGCCGAGCCGCAGCUUCCAAUCUGGCCUCGGGACCAGCUGUAUCCAGACCCGAAUGUCGAAGACCAGAUGGACUCCGUGAUGUGUCGACUGAUGGCGCACCCGCACAUCCCGCUAGACGUAUGCUUCAAUGGCAACCUCAUGCGCAUCUUUGAAGGCUACGUAAGGCUGAAGGAGGAGCGGGACACUCUGCAGAAGCGCCUGGACCAUGACGCUUCUGCUUUUCAGGCAAUGUUGUCGAAGUAUAAUAUGGCGGAGAAGGACUGGCAGGACGAAAAGGAGGAUUUCAAAGAGGAGGUCAAACGCUUGGAGAUUCUUCUGUCCAAGACAAGCAAGCGUGGCCUUGCCGAAGUAACUUUGGCACGGCAGGACAGUAGCCUCCGGAGCCGCAAGAGAGAGCGAAGUGACCACAAGGAAACGCUGCUGGAGUUUCUCGACCGUGCCAAGAUUUUGCAUCCUCCGGACAAGAUCUAUGAGAGCCAGAGAGGUAAGUGCUGAUAUUUUCCCGGGUCGUGCCUUUCUGACAUCAGAUAGCCACGAUGAAACCCCUUUUCCAAUCGCCAACAGACAAGGAUAAAAGAAUUUCGCAGACACUGGCGCAGAAAAAGAGUAUGACGAACAUUCAUGCCGACUUACCAUUUGGCACACCACCACGAGACAUGAGGUUUUCGUUGACAAAUGCCUCAAUGCUGGAGCAACAGGCGCCGAACACCACGCGAAGACGAGCAGCCACGGCCUCAACCGAUACCUCUGUAGACACUUUCUCGACCUUCAGUGCGGAAGGUGACAUAUUUCGACAAGGAGCCGGUCAGUCCAGGCAGCCAGAUGUACCGGCAACCGAUGAGAGCGCCUUCUCGGAGAUCGAGCGUCUGGCGAAUACGAUUGCUCUGCGGCGCAAUGUUGACCCCGAGAGCGUGAAGCCGCUGCUUAUGAAACUCUUCCAUGCUCCUCACGCUGCUUCCGGGGAUCACAAGACCGGCGGUAUCUCGACUGGACCAGGUAUCGGCGAGGACUCCGCAAAGUCGCGAGGUUCCGCCAGAGUGGUCUCGGGCAGUGUGCCGGUGAAACGCCCAUCUGCACUGUCGAAGGCUUCAGGAUUCUUCAACAGACUGAGGCCGCAGCUCAGCGUAGACAACACAAGCAACUCUCGCUCGGUUUCGCGCCGAUUCUCCUUCGAGCCCGGAGAUGAUGGCGCCGCCCAGAGCCGUGCGACAGCAGGAGUCACCGUACCUAGCAAUAGCAAGGAUCGUUUCCUCCGCAAGAGCGUUUCCCUCGACGCUUUGCAACAGAUGUCGCAAUCCACCGCGGUUGGAGUAGAAGAAAUACAUAAUUUGUCGCCGGUAGCAGCAUCUCCUACGACGUCCGCGCCGGCGGUGGAUGGGAGGCCUCCUUCUCGGAUCCCCACGCCAGUGUUCAACACAGGGUACCUGGCGAAGCCGCGCCAAGAACGCGAAGACUCAGCGUCCAGUCUGCUCACUGCCAUCAAGUCAGCCGAAGACACCGAAAAGAGAAGCAACUCCUUGUCCAGCUCAGUGUGCAAUUCGCCUCCUACUAGCCGUGGCGACGUGCCCAGAAUCUCCCACCCUUACGAAGUGGAUCAGGGAACUUUGUCUGCAUGGCGAUCACAAAGCAGCAGCAGUAACCGCCUGUUGGACCGUACGAACACGCUCCGUGGAGGCAAUGUAGCCGCCGCUGCAGCUCGGACCACCAGCAACUCCAGCGAGGCCACUGGCAGUCAGACUCAGCCAAGCGCUCGCAGCUACGGCAGCGGCUGGUCCAACAAUGGAAAAAUCAGGCAGGACGUUGGUUCAGAGAAUGCGCGACCAAUGGGUUGGAGUUCUGAGCAUUGGUUCGACACUUCUGGGAUUUGA